CCCCCCGGUAGGCGGGGCCGCGCUCUCCCCGCAGCCGCCGCCGCAGCCGCCGCCUGGGCCGCCCCGUGUCCCCGGUGGAUCCUCCGCCGCCGCCGCCGGGAGCUCGAUGCGGACGGAGCCCGGGCCGGGCCAUGGGGAUCCUCAGCAUCACGGACCAGCCGCCCCUGGUCCAGGCCAUCUUCAGCCGCGAUGUGGAGGAGGUGCGCUCCCUCCUCUCGCAGAAGGAGAACAUCAACGUGCUGGACCAGGAGCGGCGAACCCCGCUGCAUGCUGCUGCCUACGUCGGCGAUGUCCCCAUCCUCCAGUUGCUACUGAUGUCAGGUGCUAACGUCAACGCUAAGGACACACUGUGGCUGACCCCCCUCCAUCGUGCUGCUGCCUCCCGAAAUGAGAAGGUGCUGGGGCUGCUGCUGGCACAUUCAGCAGAUGUGAAUGCCCGAGACAAGCUGUGGCAGACACCAUUGCAUGUGGCUGCCGCCAACCGGGCCACCAAGUGUGCUGAGGCGCUGGCACCCCUGUUGAGCAGCCUCAACGUGGCUGACAGGAGCGGGCGCAGUGCCCUGCACCAUGCAGUGCAUAGCGGGCAUCUGGAGACGGUGAACCUGCUCCUCAAUAAGGGAGCCAGCCUGAACGUCUGUGACAAAAAGGAGCGGCAGCCUCUGCACUGGGCAGCUUUUCUAGGGCAUUUGGAUGUCCUGAAACUGCUGGUGGCCCGGGGAGCAGACCUUGGCUGCAAGGACCGCAAGGGCUAUGGGCUGCUCCAUACAGCUGCUGCCAGUGGCCAGAUUGAAGUGGUGAAGUACCUGCUGCGGACGGGGGCUGAGAUCGACGAGCCCAAUGCUUUUGGAAACACAGCUUUGCACAUUGCCUGCUACCUGGGCCAGGAUGCUGUGGCUAUUGAGCUGGUGAACGCAGGAGCCAAUGUCAACCAGCCGAAUGACAAGGGCUUCACGCCACUGCACGUGGCUGCCGUCUCCACCAACGGCGCGCUCUGCUUGGAGCUUCUGGUCAAUAAUGGGGCUGAUGUCAACUACCAGAGCAAAGAAGGCAAAAGUCCUCUGCACAUGGCUGCCAUCCACGGCCGUUUCACCCGCUCCCAGAUCCUCAUCCAGAAUGGCAGCGAGAUUGAUUGUGCUGACAAAUUUGGGAACACGCCACUGCACGUGGCCGCUCGCUACGGACACGAGCUGCUCAUCAGCACCCUCAUGACCAAUGGCGCGGACACCGCCCGGCGCGGCAUCCACGACAUGUUCCCCCUGCACUUAGCUGUCCUUUUUGGAUUCUCUGACUGUUGUCGUAAGCUUCUUUCCUCAGGUCAGCUGUACAGCAUUGUAUCUUCACUCAGCAAUGAGCACGUGCUUUCAGCUGGGUUUGACAUCAAUACGCCCGACAACCUUGGCCGCACCUGUCUUCAUGCUGCUGCUUCUGGAGGGAAUGUUGAAUGUCUUAAUUUGCUGUUGAGCAGUGGAGCUGACUUGAGGAGGAGAGACAAAUUUGGAAGGACUCCACUGCACUACGCAGCCGCCAACGGCAGCUACCAGUGCGCGGUCACACUGGUGACUGCUGGGGCAGGCGUCAACGAGGCCGACUGCAAAGGCUGCUCCCCCCUCCACUACGCUGCCGCCUCUGACACCUAUAGGAGAGCAGAGCCCCACUCACCUGCCAGCCACGAUGCUGAAGAGGAGGAGCCCCUGAAGGAGUCCCGCAGGAAGGAGGCCUUCUUCUGUCUGGAGUUCUUACUGGAUAACGGUGCAGACCCCUCCCUGCGGGACAGGCAGGGCUACACAGCUGUGCACUAUGCAGCCGCCUAUGGCAACAGACAGAACCUCGAACUGCUCUUAGAAAUGUCUUUUAACUGCCUGGAGGAUGUGGAGAGCACCAUUCCAGUCAGCCCUUUGCACUUAGCUGCCUACAAUGGUCACUGUGAAGCCCUGAAGACGCUGGCCGAGACGCUGGUGAAUCUGGAUGUCAGGGACCACAAGGGCCGGACCGCACUCUUUCUGGCCACUGAGCGAGGCUCUACUGAGUGUGUGGAGGUGCUUACAGCCCACGGCGCCUCUGCCCUCAUCAAGGAGCGCAAGCGCAAGUGGACACCCCUGCAUGCUGCUGCUGCCUCUGGUCACACUGACUCCCUGCACUUGCUGAUCGACAGUGGGGAACGAGCUGACAUCACAGAUGUCAUGGAUGCCUAUGGACAAACCCCACUGAUGCUGGCCAUCAUGAAUGGCCAUGUGGACUGUGUACACCUGCUGCUAGAGAAAGGAUCCACAGCUGAUGCUGCUGACCUCCGGGGCUGCACCGCCCUCCACCGUGGGGCAGUGACUGGCUGUGAGGACUGCCUGGCUGCCCUGCUGGACCACGACGCGUUUGUGCUGUGCCGAGACUUCAAGGGCCGCACGCCCAUCCACCUGGCCUCUGCCUGUGGCCACACUGCGGUCCUGCGGACCCUGCUGCAGGCUGCCCUUUCCACAGACCCCCUGGACGCCGGAGUGGAUUACAGCGGAUACUCGCCCAUGCACUGGGCCUCCUACACUGGACAUGAAGAUUGUCUGGAGUUGUUACUUGAACACAGCCCAUUUCAAUACCUGGAAGGAAACCCCUUCACUCCUUUGCACUGUGCAGUAAUUAAUAACCAGGACAGCACCACGGAGAUGCUGCUGGGAGCUCUGGGUGCCAAGAUUGUGAACAGCCGAGAUGCCAAAGGACGGACCCCUCUUCACGCCGCUGCCUUCGCGGACAACGUCUCUGGGCUCCGGAUGCUGCUGCAGCAUGAGGCUGAGGUGGAUGCCACUGACCACACUGGCCGCACCGCGCUCAUGACGGCGGCUGAGAACGGGCAGACUGCUGCUGUGGAAUUUCUGCUGUAUCGAGGGAAGGCGGACCUAACUGUGCUGGAUGAGAACAAGAACACUGCCCUCCACUUGGCUUGUAGCAAGGGCCAUGAGAAAUGUGCCCUCAUGAUCCUGGCAGAAACCCAAGACCUUGGCCUUAUCAAUGCUACCAACAGUGCGCUGCAGAUGCCACUCCACAUCGCUGCCCGGAACGGUCUAGCUUCUGUGGUGCAGGCCCUGCUGAGUCGUGGGGCCACAGUGCUGGCUGUGGAUGAAGAAGGUCACACCCCAGCACUGGCCUGUGCCCCCAACAAAGAUGUGGCAGACUGCCUGGCCUUGAUCCUUUCCACCAUGAAGCCUUUCCCACCCAAGGACGCCGUCAGUCCUUUCAGCUUCAGCCUGCUCAAGAACUGCAGCAUUGCAGCAGUCAAGACGGUGGGUGGCUGCGGGGCCCUGCCCCACGGGGCCUCCUGCCCCUACAGCCAGGAGCGGCACGGCGCCAUCGGGUUAGAUGGCUGCUACUCUGAGUAGCCCCUUUCCAGUGUCCCUCUCCCUGCCGGUGGCUUGAUAUCUUAUUCUAUUUAUUUAGAAAAAGUCUAUACAUUUAGGGCACUUUAAAGGAGAACACGACUGAGUUGGGGGUUGGAGGGGGGAGAAAAGCACUGGGGAGCAGCUGCUCACCCCUUUGCCAUACCAUCCUGGCCUGGCAGGGGCCUGGGACUGACAGGGAGCACCCCAGGCCCUUGGUACCCCCAGGGCAGCCCCUUCUGCCAAGUGUCCCAAAAUGAUUGCUAAAUGCCUGGCUCCCCCUCUCGUUACCCCACCUCUCAGUUUCCUCUUUCUGCUGCCAGCGACCCCAACUCUUCCCCCAGAUUCUCCUCUCUGUGUCCCCCGCCCCUCCUGCCAGGCAGAUCCCUUCCUCUUCUUCCAUUCCCAUCACUGCCUCCCUGCUCGGCCGGCUCCUCCAUCCCCGCAGCAGUGAGAAGCCUUAAUCUCUGGUACUGUGUGAGCACUCUGGGGGCACCCCUCCCCCUUCAGGGGCAGCUAGUGGACAAGGGGGGAGGGUAUUUAGCACUGGGGCCUGGAGCUUUUCCCCAUUUCUGUAUCCCAUCCCCCUAAAGUUCAAAUGCAAAACACUUGAAGCAGCAACUACUGUACCUGGGCCCCCAUCCUGCACUCUCCCCUGGCCCCUCAUAUGCAAAUCAAGGGCUGGUUCUGCCCCCACAGCCUACUCCCCCGCUCCCCUCCCUGCUGGCCUGGCCCCAGCCACGCACUUUAACCCGCUUCUUCUUUUCACUUCUUUUGGGAGGCCAGAGCCCCUGGCCGUUCCCUCCCCGGCUCUCCUCUCUCUUAACUUUGAGGCUUGUCAUGAAUUUUUAAGUAAGCAUUUUAUCCUUUAGGGAAAGAAACAAAUUAAUUUCCUGCCCAUUUCAAAACCACAGCCCUCGUAUGUCCUAUGUGUUUCAGGCAUGUGUUUGCAUGUGUGUGGAGGGAGGGGCUGUGCUCUUCCUCCUGCGUCCCCAUCCUAUAGACCUCUGCUCCUGUCUGCUCCCACCUUCCACAUGUCCACGAGCACCCACGGCCCCCAGUCACUCCUGAUCUGAAGCCAAAGAUGGUGGGAGGGGCAGGGCAGACGAGGGACCGUGGCUGCUCGGGACCAGGCUUCCCCUCCCAGUGAGGAUGAAGCUCUGAUCUAAGGAGAACAGCAGACACCAAGGCGAGGGCUCUGCCUCCCAGCAGCAGGGAGAGGGGUUUGAGCUCGGGGCUGCACUGAGAAGAUUCCUCAAAGCUGCACCCUAAAAGCCAGACUGGGCUAGAUGAGGAGGGGGCAGUUUCUUCUCUAAAUGUAGCAUUGAAUUUGGCCCUGGUCCCUUCAAAAGCCCUGUCCAUCCAUCUCCUAGCUAAGCCUCCUGGACAGUUGGACCCUUUCCCACAGCCCAGUGUUCCCUUCCUCACACUCAAUACCUCAGCCAGGGGCCAAGACACAGAACUUGAAUAGAGGUCAUGCCCCCUCCGUGCCCACAGUGCAUCCUUGCCCAGUUUGGCUGCCAUCAGUAUUGUCCCCUGAGAACUGGAUGGGCUUCGUUUACACAGUAGAGGGUCUCCCCUGCCAGGGGACCCCUCAUUCUCCUGCCCCUCUCUCAUGCUUGCUUUAUUCACCAUCUUACCUGAUUCCAGUUGUAGCCCCUGCAAAUCUUGCUUCCCUUGCCAAGGGUGGGCUGAGGGGAGAGGGAGCAUCCCAGGGCCCCUCCCUCCCUCACAGAUACCCUUAACCAUACCUCAUGCUGGUUCCCUGAUGCCUGGGGUGUUUAUCCAAGUCCUUAUUCUUUUCGUUUCUUUUAUCCUCUAUCUUGCUUCCCCGCCCCCCUCAGUUCCUAAACCAUUUCAAAGCUUCCAAAUGACCAUUAUUGGUGAGAAGGAUUGUGCAGCUUUUAGUUUUUAUUUUUGUUUUCAAAGCCAAAGGGCCUUGCGACGCCCCUCUUGCCCACCUCCUUUUACACCCCGUCCUCCCCUAGACGACAAUCAAUGUGACCUCUCUUAAGGGCUGCAGCCCCCCACCCUGCUGGAUCUGCAGAGCUUGCCCCUAACUUUAAUUCUCUCUCCUGAAAUCUUCCCAUUCCAUCCCCUCCCUCUCAUUUUGGUGCUGGGAAUUAGGUGGUGGGGGCGGGGGAGAAGGGAACCGGGUUCUCCAGAGAAGACUCUCGGGGUAUCGGUCGUGUUCUCCUUUAUCAGCGUUCGGUGAUGACAGGAAGCGUCGGAGUGUUUGUCAGGAGCCCCAUGGUUUUGCUGGAGGAGAUUUCUGGUGGCUGCUCCCGGCUGCCCCGUCAGCACACCGUCAGCAGUGCUGGGCAUGUGGGGCAUCCUCGUCCUCACGCGGCUGUGAGGCCUGGAGGACAAGCAGCCUCUCCUAUGCCAAAGGAAACCCCGCCCCAGGUUCUCCAGUCCCUUGUGUUUUUUGAAGCAUUUUGACCAUUCUCAUGGCCACUGCAUAUUUAUUUUAAUGUUAAGAUUUUUUUUAAACCUCUUUGACUUAAACGGGUGUGGAGAAGUGAAAAACAGGCAGAAUGCCCCCCAGUCUUGAGGGGGUAGGUGGGGAAGAAACCUCUCCUUCCCUUCACCUGCCCUCUCCCCUCCCCUCCCCACCGCAGCUAAAGCACUUGCUUCAAGUAAUAAGCACUUUUGAGAAAAGGCCUAUUUUAAGUGAGGAUCCUGGGAGCAGCCCCAGGUCCCAGCAAAGGAGACAGAGCUAGGGCUACAUAGGAGACAGGGAAACAGACGUGUAAAUCAGAGGGCGAGAUGAAAAGAGCCAGUUUUUAGUUUCUGAUUUUGUGGGGAUAUGUCUGAUUGGGCGGUGGCUUUGGUAGGGUUGUGUACUAUCCUUCAGAAAAGCAAAUGGCACAAACUGUGGGUCCCAGGAUGGACCAACAGACCCAGGUCACUGCCACUGUCCAGCUGAGACUGACGGGCCACCUCCCCCACCCCUGGCCCCUGAGCCAUAGGACUGCUGAAAACCACUGAAUGUACAGCCCAGGUUGGGGUGGGGAGCAGCCCCUGGGGGAGGGGGCUUCUCCUUUUGUUUGGUGCUGUGGGGGGUGGGAGAGAUGAGACUGAGGGACGGCCACCCCACUUAGACGUGUUCCUUGGGGUGGAGGGGCUGGGAGGGCUUACCCCCUCUCCAGCCCCAGCCAUGGCCCCUCCUCCUUCCUCAUCCCUAUCCGUUUUGACUGUAAGUCCAGCUCACCUUUGCCUUCAAUAUGUAACCAAAGGAAAACUCAAUACUGUUUCCACCGCUGUCUGCCCACCUGAGCACCUUCUUCCUCCCUGGACCUAGAAGGGGAGAAGAGGCUGGGGGCACCGGAGUGUAGGGCCAGAGUGAACGGUUCUACAGCUGUACCCCCAAAACCUUCUCUGGGGUCUUAGAAGGGGCCCUGAGAGGUGGGGUGGAGCCAGGCUGGAGGGGCUGGGAGCAGGCCCACUGUGGAUCUUGUGCACAUGCGUGUUUUUUCGUUUGAAGGACUCCAGUGACUGUGCUCCAGCAGGGAGGCCCCUUCCUCCUUCCCUCUCCACCAUUCCUCACCCUCUCCCCAUACCCAGUGCUCAUCCCCUGCCUCCCCUUCCCACCGCAAAGGAAAAUAGCCUUACAGACCCUCGCCCAGAAACCCCCUCCGGGGCAAACCCCUGUGGGGCCCCAUCCUGCCUAGUUUGAACCCUACCUUGUAAGAAGGAGGGAGAAGGCGCAAAGCAGCCCUUCCCCUGAUCAUGGUGGCUCCGUCCGCCGCACCUGGACCCAUGCUGGGCAAGGGCGGAGGUGAGGAGUCUUUGAGGACCAAGCCCAGUGGUCUGGGAAGAGGGAGGUGGAGAAGGAAGGGUCUGUUUUGAGGACUCCCUCCUCCCAACCCAACCCCUAGAGAAGCGACCAAAUCCCAGAGAUGGGAGGAAGCCGGGGUGGGGAGGGUCUGCUCUAUGAAUUACUUGAAGGUACUGACUCUGAGGCUGCUGUUGCCCACUUAGGUGUGAGGGGGACACUGUCACUGCAUCCGGGGGGCAGAGGGCGGGUGACGAGAGGAUCCACCCUUGGCCCAUGCUCACUCCUGCUAGGCCCCUUCCCUGGGGAGCCUGGCUUUGCGCCCAGGGAAGUUGGGGAGAGCCUUCCCCCCCAUGUCCAUCCCUCACCGUGGGCACCCUCUCCAAUUGCACUAAAGUAGCUGUUGUGCCAGUCUUACCCCCACACCAGGUGGGGUCUCUGCUUCCAGUCCUUUCUCGCCCACUGCCUCUGCUCCCUUCCCGGACAAUCUCCUUGUUCCCUGUAUUCCUGGGUAGCUCAGCUUUGUAUGUGUGCGUUUGGGGGUGGGGGUGGGUUCUGGCUGGAGUGGGCUUGGUAGGGGUUGGGAAGGGCUAGGGGAAAGGUGGAGGAUGAAGUCUCCUCUCCCCUUCCUCAACUCCAAGCCACAGAAGCCUGGGAGGGAGGGUGCCUACUCUCGCUGCUGUGUGUCUCGCAGAUGUGCCAAAACGGGGUUGGGUGGGAGGGAGGGUGCCUGGCAGAGUGGCCCCCAGGGUGGCUCUCUCAAAGCAAUACAGUUCCUCCUGCCGGGGGGACGGCAAGACAGGGGAGAGGGUUGGGUGGGGACCUGGGGUUCCCUGUGUACAGCUGUGUAUAUCCAGGGGUGUUCUCUGUCUGGUACUCGCUGCGGACGUCUAUGUGUGUGUGAUCCUCCCCUUCCUUGUGCCCUGCAUGACCUGUGAUGCUGCAGACACCACCAUCCUGUGUGCAGGGGUGUGUUGGGAGCACGGAGGGGCAUGUUCCAUGUCCUGUUGUGCCCUCCACCCUGUGACCCAUGUACUCGGUUGUAGGAAGUAAAGAGAACUGAGCACAAUUCACUGGAUUCUAGUGGAAUCUUUCUCUAAGCAAUGUUCCCCUUCCUGCCCUUCUCCCUGCCUUGGAUCCACCUGUGGUGCUAGCGUUGGGGUCGGGGGGUGUUUAAUGCUGGUGGUCAGCAAUAAAGGGCAGAUCUGCCCAGAUGCCUGUAUCCCCAGGGUGCUGAGGGCAGCAGGAAAAAGGGGGGACCUCAGUGCAUUGCCCCAUCCCUUCCCCUCCUCCCUGGGCUAAAGCACAAUGCUGUCCCCACAGAUUGAUGCACCCUGCAUCCUCCAACCCGACUCAUGUCCUCCCCAACCUGCUUCGAGCCCCCUCCCACCACAUCCUGGUUUUCUAUGCUGUUUUGGUGCAAGUACAACUGUCGUAGUCAUGGCUUUAGGAUGGGUUCUGUUUAUUAAAAUCCUGUUGCUCCUA